AAGGUACAAUUAUGAGUACUCUAAUUGGACAUCUGGAGUCUUGCUUCAAGCACAAGGCUGGCACUCCAAGGCAGCCCACCAUUUGUGACCUGUCCAAGGCCAAGCUUACCAUCUCCAGAAGCAUAUUCAAUAACCCAGAGCACUAACUGCAGGGGAUUGAAAAGUUUUCACACAUAUGGAUCAUAUUUGUUUUCCACAUUAAUGAAGGAGGAGCAGUAAAGGCGAGUGGGGUCACAGUGGGUGUGUUUGCAACAAGGAGUCCACACAGACCAAACCCAAUUGGGCUAACAUUGGCAAAACUGGACAAAGUAGAAGGUGACACUUUACAUUUGUCAGGCAUAGAUAUACUCGAUGGAACGCCUAUCCUCGACAUCAAGCCCUACAUCCCUGUAUAUGACGGGGUGUCAACUGACUCACCAGCUUCUUCUACUGAGGAGAAAGCAAAUUUUGGAUGUGUUGGACAGAACAUAGCUAAGAAAGACAUCUCUGCAGAGGACACAGUCUAUGUCAGAACAAACCUUAGCUUCUCAGAACCACAUCAGAAAACUCUUAAAGACAAUUCAACUGAUGACACUUUGAAGGUUGAAAGCAAGGAUGUAACCCGGUGCGCAGAGAACAGCAGGAGUGGAGAUGUUUCAACAUCAGAACAGGUCACUGUUGCCAGUUGGGUCACAUCUCCACCUGUUCAAAAACUUCACGUUAGCUUCACCCACAAUGCUGAAGCAACACUUCAGAAAUCCCAUUCUAGAGGACAUGGCCCAGAUGUCUUCACCCUUACUUCCUUCAAGGACGGUGAAGAAGUCAAAGUCAAGAAAGCCAUCUGUGACAUCCUUAGUGCGGACCCGAGGUCUCCCUACUUCAGGAACAAGUGUCAGGACCGGCUGUACUUCUUCACUGUCGACAACGUCCACGUGACAUGCUGGUUUGAUGGGAACCUUGCAGAGGUCAUUAGAGUUCAGCCAGUGUCAAUUGUUAGUUGUGACCCUUUGGGUGGCCUUCAGUGAAGUGUACAAGGCAUCUAUCAUGCUUUGCCAAAAAACAGGUCCUU